GCGGCGGCGGCGGCUCCGCUCCGGUGCGGUCCGCGAUGCUGCCGGCGCUGGCGGACGGUGACGAGCGGGAGCUGGAGAGCAGCGAGGAGGGCGGCGGCGCGGGCGAGGAGCGGCGGCCGGAGCGGCACGGCAGCACCUACCACGGCCUCUACGGCUACCGGAGCCGCCGGUCCUCGCAGCGGGGAGCUGACAGCAAGGAUGGAAGCCCGGCCGCAGAGACACCCUCCAGCGAGGACUUCAGCCUCUCUUUGCUGGACACUAACUUACCAGCCGAAGCAGAGACUGAAUUGCGUGGUUUUAUUGCUAAACGUCUUACUAAAGGAGCCCUUUUUGAAGGCAUGGGGAACGUAGUAUCUGUGGAGCUGAGCAUACCAGAAUAUAAAGUUGGUUGCUACUACUGUCUUAUCCGACAAGAAAAUCUAGAAACGGCAGCGCUGGAAUUGGACAUCACAGCUCCACAAUACGUGAUUUGUUUCUUAGGUGGCUCGGAGAAAGGUCUAGAACUUUUCAGACUUGAACUGGACAAAUAUGUUCAAAGUCUAAAGAUAAACCUUAAUCCAGAGCAAAAAACCUUGGAGACCUAUGUUAACCCCUACUUGCGAAGCUGGUUUGAGAAUUCUGUAUGCCCUAUUCAGAGAGUAGUACAGCUCUUCCAAGAGAAACUUGCCUUCUUGUUACAUGCUGCUUUGAGUUACACUCCUGUGGAAGUAAAAAACUCAGAUGAAAGAACAGAGAAAGACAUUAGCAGGUUUCUUGCAGCUGCCAGCCUCCAAGGACUUGUUCAGGAAGGCACAAUGACCUCCUUGUGUAUAGCUAUGACUGAGGAGCAGCACAAGUCAAUGAUUAUAGACUGUAGCGGAGCUCACCCUCAGUUCCAUAAUGCAGGGAGCAACAGAUUCUGUGAGGACUGGAUGCAUGCUUUCGUAAAUGGUGCUGAAGGUGGAAAUCCAUUUCUCUUCCGGCAAAUUUUGGAAAACUUUAAAUUGAAGGCUAUACAAGACAUUAACAACUUGAAGAGGUUUAUCCGGCAGGCCGAAAUGAACCACUACGCCUUGUUCAAAUGUUACAUUUUCCUAAAGAACUGCGGCAGUGGAGACAUACUUCUGAAGAUUGUUAAAGUAGAACAUGCGGAAAUGCCAGAAGCCAAAAACGUAGUGGCUGUCCUUGAGGAAUUCAUGAGAGAAACAGCAGUAGCUUAAACCAGUCUUAAUUAUCCUGCACUUAUUUAAGGGUAUUGUAUAAAUAAUUAAUUUCUUCUACGCAGCUUUGUUUCACUAUGGCAGAAAUUUUAAGUUAUAUUUAAAAUUAUUACCCAGAUCAACCCUAAAUUUGUAGUUCUGUCUACUUUCCCCCUUUUUAAAGAAAGCAGCAUGAGCUUUGUUUUAAUGUGUAAAUACCAGUUGUAAACUCAUGCAUAGUUUUCAGUGCUCACCAGAUUUUCCAAGUGACUAUUCUUCCUUUUUUGCGGAAAUCAUGCCAUUUGUUUUUUGCUAUCAUUGCAUGAAAAAACCUGGCAAGCAUUUUUCAGUGUUUUAGAUAUUUAAAGCAUCUUUAAGGUUAUCAUUGUUUAAUCAUUAAGAUCUGAUUACUUUAAUGCAUAAAGAAGCACAAACAUUUGGAUAAAUCAUAGAAAACAAUCAUUUUUGUUCAUAUGAGAGAACAUAGGUAAUAAGUUUGUAACUAGUUUGCACAUUCUACUUUUCAGCAAAGUUUGUUUUCUGCUCCUAGAUAAGCAACUUGUUAAUUGGUACAAAACAGAAUUGCCUUAAGACUGAAGAGUUUUAUGAAUAAACUUUUAUGUGCUUGCAUGUAUGUAUGUAGUACAUACACUAGUCAGACUUAUUAAAUUCCCAGGGUAGAUGACUAAUUCUGUUUCAUUAGUUUGCUUUUUUAUGAUCAAGACUUUCUUUGUACAGCUGGGAAGUUGUAGUAUUUUACAUUCAUUUUGCAUAACUGUAAAUAACAGUGUGUUUUUUAGCAGCAGAGAACUAAAGCUGAAGACUUUAGAGCUGCAGUAUUAACCUGAGUCCUUAAAUCAAUAUACACUUCUUCAUAAAUUAAAUUGAACUAAGUUCCAAAAUUAAUUAUUUAAAUUUGAAAACAUUUCAUUGUAUUUCAGCAGUGAAUUCUUAUCCACAUUGUACAAAAUUCAUUUUCUAAAACAAAGGAUAUUUAGACAGCAGAAUAUUUAAGAACAUCUUUGGCUACAGACGGAACCCAAACUGAGAAAGCCUUUUUGGGACCACAUAAAUGAGGAUUAUUUCUGCAAAUGUGAUGUAAGAAAACACCCUAUUCAUUUCCUUUGCAGCAGAGGAUUUUGAAUGCCUAACCUGGCAUUUGAACAACUCCCAUUCAAGGCCUAAAACACUAACUAUAACAGUCUCACUAAUGCAUUAAAUUUGACUGUUUAUUCUGCAACUGCUGUAUAUUGUGAAGAUAAAAGCUAAGUGCUUUCCUGUAAUACAGCUGUGUUGAACUUACAAUAUAGUUUACAAUAAAACAUGUUUAAAUCCUUAA